AUGGAAAUGCAGAAAAGCAACGCUGCGCACAACAUCCAGCACCACCAGCACCACGACUUCUUCGGCGAGUCUGUGCAUGAUGUCAGCAGCAUUCUUCAUCAACAACAUCAUCAUCAUCAUCAUCAUCACCAUGAAGCAGCCGCAGAACAGCAACUGGCGCAAGUGGAGACGUUAGAGCGCACGUGUCCCCGGAGGUCAAAACAGCAAAACCCCAAGUUCUCCAUGAGCAAAAAGAUUUUCCCCUGGAUGAAAGAGUGCAGACACUCACAUCAGAAACACGGCAGGAGAGUCUCAGACAUCAGCGUCAAUGAGAAGUGUCCAAGCGCGACCCCGGCCACCAAUAAGAGGACGCGCACCGCGUACACGAGUGCGCAACUAGUGGAGCUGGAGAAGGAGUUCCACUUCAGCCGCUACCUGUGCAGGCCGCGGCGGGUGGAGAUGGCAAGCCUGCUCAACCUGCACGAGAGGCAGAUCAAGAUCUGGUUUCAGAACCGGAGGAUGAAGCAGAAGAAGGACGAGAGAGUCCAGGGCCUCACCACCACCAUCAACACCACCACCACCUCCUCCUCCUCGCCCCCGUCUUCCCCCUCCGCCCCGGGCAGCCCCACUCUGUCGAGCCUGGGUUAUGUCCAUCUGGGCGGGGAUUACCAGCCGGCCUCUCCUCCGCUCAAGUCCCAACAACAUCCGUCACAGCCGUCGUACGCGGCAGAAUACUCCAAAUAUCCAGCUCCAGGCUUCACGCACGGUCCGCAGUUCGACGUGCACUACAACGCGCACAGCACCGCGCACACAGCAAACACAAAUGUGGAUGUGAACGGGUCAUAUUUCUCACAGAGCUGCGCUCCUCAGGACAGAAUCAUGCAAGCUCCAAAACUGACUCAUCUGUAG